CCAAUGAAACCCUCGCCAGAGCCAUCGAUUCCUGUUCCUUCUGUUGCCGAGCCAUCCAAGUACCACGCGUCCAUCCUUGUGGACGACAAAGUUAGGACGUUAUCUAAUCUUCUAGCUAUCAUCCAUGAAACUGAGAAGCGCUAUGGGCAUAUUUUUGAGUACCGGUGUCCGACAGACUUUGAUUCGACCCGCUUUGGCUUCCGUAUCUUCCUCCGGUUUCGUGAUGCAAGCUCUAUCGAGAGGCUCGGUCCUAAAUCUCUGACUGGGUAUCAUGUCCAUGUCCCCCAUAGAACCAACACAGCACACAAGCCAGAAGGCGAAGGAUUGGCCGACUUAUUGGGUUUUGCUCAGUCUCGCAUGCCUGAGAAAGAGAAUCGGGGAGAAGUGUCUGCGAUCCCUGUUGACUCGGACGUGUUGCAGGGAAAAUCUGUGCAGCGAACGACUGCCCCUGACGUCGAUCCAAGCCUGAACACAAACAAGGAUCUGUUGUUUGUUCGAAUACAAGCCAUGGAUGAAUCUCAAAAGACCCAAUUCGCACGUGCACGUCCUCACGAGGACAGGCUCCGGGUACGGCAUAUGGCCAUGCUUUUCAGCGGUUUCCAAGGCUUUGCUGCUGAGCCCACUCCGACAAUGACGAAUGCUCAAAAGCAUUGGACAUGGUGUGCGCGAAAUCUUGGCGUAAAACCAUACCCUGUCCCUUCGAGGGGAUCCAGAGUAGAUCGUGUCACCCCGAAACCAGGAAGGCAGGUACAGAAAGCGGGAGAGCGAGGUCGGAGAAGCAGUGCCUCGAGUGCCAGCGACGUUAUUAGAGGAGCGGAACCCAUCUUAACAGAACCUUUACUUACUCUGGAGAGUUUGAAGAGCACGACACCGUUGGGGGAUCCCUUGAGCGCUGCAGAACUAGAGAAAGAGAAUGCAUUGAAGAAGGUGGCUCUGAGACACGCGAUGGCUCAGGCUCCGUCGCUUGAGCCGCAGAAAGGAAAGGGGGAGAAGAAAGAGAAGAACGAGAAAGAUGAGAAGGUCAUGGAUGAGGAUACAACAGAAACGAAAAGAGUGCAGUUGGUGAAUACUCUGAAUCAGACGAUACAGCAGGGUGGAGGUCUGGCGAAAGCGUAUUACAGGCGGCAGAAGCAGGCGCUCGGGAGAUCAAAGUAGACUGGACAUUUCGGCUCCGAAUCUGAGCAAACCUUGACAGUCGAUAGCAGUGACAGGAAGCAAUUCAAUCUUCUAUUAAAAUAAUCUGCGAGCCUCAGUCAGCUCUGUCACUACUACAAAUGUACAAUUGUGUAUGUUUGCUUCCCACGCAUGGUAGUGGGACUUUGCGUCAAUCAUGAU